GUCCACCUAUUCUCACUAGAGCUCUUGCAAGGAAGAUGGCUAACAAAGCUAAUUUAGAGAAGGGAGCUCUUGAAAAUCGUGUUGAAAAUAUGGAAAAUACUUUGAAGGAAUUGAUGGCUUCCUUCCAAUCUCUUCAAGCAACCUUAGUCAUAAGGGCACCUUUAGCGACAAAUCCUUUGUUUGAAGAAAAUGUUUCGAUGGCAAAUCUCCUUAUGGCCACAUCUACUUUAACUCUUGGGAAAGAGCCUACGUCAUCUUACCCACCAAAUCCAACUAUUGGUGGAACUUUUGGGACAAAGCCAUUUGAUCUAAAUGCUGGUGUUGCUACAGUGCAGUUGAUGAAGGAAACACUAAAAUUGAUGCAAGGUGUCCAAACCAAUAAACCGAUUGACAUCUCAUCUUUGUGCUUUUUCCCAAACAUUCAAUUGCCCCAUAAGUUUAAAUUGCCUGAAUUUGAUAAGUACAAUGGCACUGGUUGUCCUUAUACCCACUUGAUGAUGUAUUGUAGGAAGAUGGCUCCUUAUGCCAAUGAUGAGAAGUUAAUGAUACAUUACUUUCAGGAUAGUUUGGCAGGUCUUAUAGAUGCUUGGUUCUCAACUUUAGACAAGAGUAAAGUUAAGAGUUGGCAUGAUUUGACUCACAACUUUAUGAAGCAAUAUGAAUACAAUACAUCAUUAGAUCCUAGUAGAAAGGAUCUUCAAAAGAUAGAAAAGAAACCAAGUGAAAGCUUUAAGAAAUUUGAACAGAGAUGGCAUGGAUUGGCUGCUCAAGUUCAACCUCCACUAACUGACCAUGAAUUGAUGGAGGAUGGAAUCAAGUUUAGAAUUAUUAUGGAUUAUCAAGCAAUGAAGAGUAUCCUUGAACAAUACCAAAAUGAUAGUUCAAAGGUUUCUAGUCCAAAGAAAGUUGGUCAAAAUCGAAAGAAGGAGAAUGGAAAUGGCACUAUAAGCUCAGUUUAUGAGGCAUAUAAUCAGUCACGAGGGCAAUUCAACAAUCGGUUCGAAGCUCAAACUUAUCAAUCAACGGCUUUCACAAGUCAAUCAAGGCCUGUUUAUGCCUCUGGGACAAGUCAUCCACAACAAGAGGAAAAGAGAUGCUAUUUUGAUAAACUUCUAAUCUCAUAUAUUGAAGUGUUUCGACAGUUGAUAGCAGCUAGGCUUGUUACCCCUGUACCUAUGGUGCCAUUAAAUCCACCAUUUCCAAUAUGGUAUAAUCCACAAGUAAGAUGUGAAUAUCAUAGUGGAGGUGUUGGGCAUGACCUUGAAAAUUGUCUUGCUUUAAAGCACUGUGUGCAAGAUCUGAUAGAUGCAAAGGAGUUACAAAUUACAUCAGAACUUGAGGUUGUUGGUCCAAAUAUCACUAAAAACCCUUUACCCACACAUGAUGGUCCAACGAUUAAUAUGAUCAAGAAAGACUCCGAUAAAGGGAUGGAUGAGGACAAGGUUAUUUUGCCUGCUCAUGGUGAAUCUUUGGACAACGGGAUAGUAGAGAUUCUUCCUAUUCCUAUCAUUAAAUCGUAAGAUGUGUCAAUCUUCUUAUGGUUGAGCUUGUGACCAUGAGAAGAGAUGGUUGAAACAAGCCUUUUAUAUUUUAUGAAGCAUUGUAGGCAUGACAAAUAAUGUUCCAUUCAGUUCAUUUCAAUCAAUGAUGUUACUUUCAUUUUCAUUCCCUCUCUUCAUAUGCAAGAUUGUUCAUUUUCUUUUAUUCAAAUUUCUCAUGCUAGCCAAAAUUUCCAUCUCUAGGCCUCUAUAUGGUUGUUGUGGAAAGACAAACAUAGAACAGGGAACGAAUGAUGGCUGAAAGUUUGAAGGCCAUGGAAUCUAAAGGUAGCGGUGAAGAACUUUGAAUCUUGACGUGCUUAAAUGUUUUAUAAAUCACUAAUAACAACUUGUUGAAGACCUCUAGAUUUUACAUAAGGAUUUAGGAUCACCUUUUUGUGGAGAAGGUUUCUCAUGUAUGCAUUCUGUAAAUGAUCCAUAAGAUGGUUUUCAUCUAUUGAACUUAAUUGGUUGGGACAUCAUUAAACCAGAAUUUUAAAAAGUUAGAAGAACAACAUGUAACACUAUCAUCUAUGGGGUUUAGUUGUAGAGUAACUUGUGCUUUU